AUGGGCGCUUCAGACUCAAUCCCAAAGCCAACAAAGGAAGAAGUCAAUGAGCUUACAAAGACAACCCACUUCAAUGCAGAAGAAAUCAACAAAUUAUACGCUGCUUUCUUGAAGAUUGCAGGUACUCCAAAGAAUCAAGAUGGAAAGAUCCAGCCACAAGAGUUCUUCGAUUCCCUUGCCAUCACAAACGAAGAAUACGGUCUCAAGGUCUUCGAAGCAUUCGAUUCAACUGCUGAUGGAGAUUUGACAUUCGGCGAAUACGUCAAGGGAGUUUCCCAGCUUUGCGAACGUGCUACACAAGAAGAGAAGGCUAAGUUCUGCUUCGGUCUCUUUGACUCAAACAAGUCUGGAACAAUUUCCAAGCCAGAAUUCCUUUCAUUCAUCGAAGCUUCACUCGGUGAAAUGGAAGGCUCAAGUCCAGAGCUUGCCCGCAACAUCGCCCUUCAGCUCUUCACUGAAAUUGACCAUUCAAAGGAUGGCAAUAUUACAUAUCCUGAAUUCUUCAAGGCCGUUCAGAAGAACAACAACAUUGUUAACUGCGUUAACGUCCACGUCGAAUAUAUCUUCAAAUAA